AUGAACGGCACCAAUGGCACGUCGCGGUACGACCCGCUCGCACAGGCGCAGCAGAGACCCAAGAUCACCAUCCGAGAGAUCAACAGGGACCAUGCCGACUUUAUCCUUGAGAACGUCGACCUGAGCUUUGCCAACUCGCUGCGCAGAAUCAUGAUCGCAGAUAUCCCGACAGUCGCCAUCGACAUGGUCGAGAUCCGCAACAACACCACCGUCCUCCCCGACGAGUUCCUCGCGCAUCGGCUCGGAAUGAUCCCAUUGCUGAGCAUGGAUGCGGCCAAGGCGCUGGUGGACCACGGUGACUGCGCGUGCGAGGACGGAUGCGACCGCUGCUCGAUAGAGCUUCGGAUCAAGAUCUCAUGCACGACAAGAGGAAACCUCGAGGUCACGACAAACGACCUGGUCCGGAGCGACACCAUCCAGGACGCCGUCACGUUCGACGACGAUGCGAUGCAAGAACCGCCGGCACCAAAGCACCCCGACUUUGGCAAGCCCGUGGGGCACGACGGCAGCAUCCCGCCAAUCAUCAUUGUCAAGAUGACCCGGGGGCAGGAGCUCGACGUGCGGUGUAUCGCGAGAAAGGGCUUUGCCAAGGAGCACGCCAAGUGGUCGCCGUGCUCUGCAGUGGGGUUCGAGUACGACCCGCACAACUCGCUGCGGCACACGACCUACUGGUACGAGAUCGAUGCCAAGUCCGAGUGGCCAGAGGGGCCCAACGCGCGCGAGGAGGAGCCGCCGCAGGACGGCGCGCCGUUCGACUACCACAAAAAGGCGAGCAAGUUUUACUUUGACGUCGAGUCGAGCGGGUCGAUGCACCCCGCCGAGAUUGUCGAGACGGGCCUCAACCUGCUCGAGUACCGCACCGCCCAGAUUGUCCAGGAGCUCGGCCUGAUGGAGGAGCCGGCCGUGGGCAACGGCGCGCCGGACAUGGGAGGCAUGGGCAGCAUGGGGAUGGGCAUGGGCAUGGGCGUCGGCGUGGGCAUGGACGGCAUGAUGAACGGCCACAUGAACGGCCACGCCGGUGGCGGCGGCGACAUGGACGGGUGGAACUGA